UUGGUGUCUGCAGUAUUCUGACUCCUGGACACUGGUGGCUGCAAGCUGCGAUUUUGGCGUCCUCUCGUUUCCUAUCCUUAUCUCCGCCCUCCCCUGCCUUGGCCAGCCAGCUUUUGAUUUUGUAUCUGGUCAUUGAUCAAUAAAACGAACCUAAGGAAAUAUAGGACACGAUUACCUCACUGCCAGCUCUGGCCCAGGGCUUGCACAGGGAGCUCAGGGUUUCUGCACCAGUGGGCUGCAGAAACUUGGUCAUAGCACCCUCAGUCCCGAGGUCUGAAGCUCGCUGCACAUUCUCAUCCCUGGGAGCGUGACCCCAGCGCCCAACGCCAAGAUGCCGGCCCACAUACUGCAAGAGAUCUCUGGCUCUUACUCAACCACCACCACAAUCACAGCGCCUCCCUCUGGGGGACAGCAGAAUGGAGGAGAGAAGUUAGAAAAGAAUCCUCACCACUGGGGAGCAGAUGUUCGCCCUGAAUUAAAAGAUGACUUAUAUGACCCCAGCUACCAGGAUGAGGAGGGGCCCCCGCCCAAGCUGGAGUACGUCUGGAGAAACAUCAUCCUCAUGGCCCUGCUGCACUUGGGGGCCCUGUAUGGGAUCACACUGGUUCCGUCCUGCAGGCUCUACACCUGCCUCUUUGCAUAUUUGUACUAUGUCAUCAGUGCCUUGGGCAUCACAGCUGGGGCUCACCGCCUGUGGAGCCACCGAACUUACAAGGCUCGGCUGCCCCUGCGUCUCUUCCUCAUCAUUGCCAACACCAUGGCUUUCCAGAAUGACGUGUAUGAAUGGGCCCGAGAUCACCGCGCCCACCACAAGUUCUCAGAAACACACGCUGACCCUCACAAUUCCCGCCGUGGCUUUUUCUUCUCUCACGUGGGCUGGCUGCUUGUGCGCAAACACCCAGCUGUCAAAGAGAAGGGCGGAAAACUGGACAUGUCUGACCUAAAAGCCGAGAAGCUGGUCAUGUUCCAGAGGAGGUACUACAAGCCCGGUCUCCUAUUGAUGUGUUUCAUCCUGCCCACGCUGGUGCCCUGGUAUUGCUGGGGUGAAACUUUCCUGAACAGCUUGUGUGUUAGCACCUUCUUGCGAUAUGCUGUGGUGCUCAAUGCCACCUGGCUGGUGAACAGCGCCGCCCACCUCUAUGGAUAUCGCCCCUACGACAAGAACAUUAGCUCUCGGGAGAAUAUCCUGGUUUCAAUGGGAGCUGUAGGCGAGGGCUUCCACAACUACCACCACGCCUUCCCCUAUGACUACUCGGCCAGUGAGUACCGCUGGCACAUCAACUUCACCACGUUCUUCAUCGACUGCAUGGCUGCCCUGGGCCUGGCUUAUGACCGGAAGAGAGUGUCUAAGGCUGCUGUCUUGGCCAGGAUUAAAAGAACUGGAGAUGGGAGCUGCAAGAGUGGCUGAGUUUGGGGUCUUCCAGUUUCUGUUCCAAAAGCCAGCUUGGCAGAGGCUUAAUGUUCUGUUAAUUAACUACUGAGUAUUGCUACCCAGAUGCUAAAAUGAUGACGUUAACCCAUUCUGGUACAGUAUUGUUAAAUGGACAUGUAUUGGAAGUCAACAGCUCUUCCCUUUCGAUGCUAAGCUGAUCUUACCUUCUCUUUUCCUGUUGUCUUUUUCUUUGCUUUGUCCCUCUUGACCUCAUCUCUCAUUGCCUCCCAAGCCAGCAGCUGCUCCGCCAUAGAUCAGCAUACCAACUUUCUAAGGGUCUAAAAGUAAAGGUUUGUGCCCUACCCCCAACUCUUAGCUAUUCUGAGUUAGAGAUGCAAGAAAACAUUUAGAGAUUUUUCCUGUUAUUUUUAGCCCAGGUUUUGCCAGAUGGAAUGGAAAGUAAAUCUUGCGGGGCCAAAUUCAACAUGCAGGCUGUGAUUCAUCAGAGAUGUGGGAGAGGGGACUCUCUUGUGAUCAGGCUCAGCUCUUGUCUCGCAGAGGCACCAGAGCCUUUCCACAAAGCGUGCCUCCUCUCCUAAUUCUGAGUAGGUGACAGCUACAGAACUUGGUGACACUAGAGUACAGUAACACAUGUCAGUAUCUCGGUGUAGUUUAGGCUGAAGAUUUUUUUAAAAAGUAAAAAACUGUGGGGAAAGUGGUCUCUACUGAAAAGAGAUUUCAUUUCCUUUAAUAAGAAGGGUCAGGUGUGGUGGGUGGCACACGGCUUAAAUCACAGCAUUUGAGCGGCAGAGGCAGGUGGAUCUCUGAGUUCCAGGUCAGCCAGGGCUAGACAGUGAGACUUUGUCUCAAGUAAAUAAAUAAGUAGAUUGCAAGGACAUCUUGCAAGAAGUCUUUGGGUGAGGCAUGUUUGCAAUUGAUGAGGACAGUCACUCAUAGUUUUGAGCAUUCUGUGGAUUGCACACCCAACUCUUAACUCCUGCUCUUCCAUCUGGUUGCCCCCGUAAAUUAAGGAUGGCUGUGGUGUUUCCAUACAGCCAACAAUGGAAGUAUUUGAAGAAUUGAACUUAAGCCCCAGUUAAAACUGAAGAGGCAUAAAGUCUGUCCUGGAUCCUGCAAAUACUCACUUGAGUGCUACCCUCUGAAAAGAGACGCUGAACGCAUGGUCUGUUCCUCCCACUGUUGGGCAGCAGGUGGAAAAGUUGGAAGACACUGUAGGCAGCUCCUAAUAGCUUUCCAAAGGAAAAGCUGCUGGGAACAUACUGCCAGGGGACUUCAGAGUUUUGGGGUGCUCUAGUGAAACAGGUUAGAUAUUAGCUCUUCAUUCUUUAUCGUAAGGCUUCCCCUACAGUACUGACUCAUGGCUCAUUGGCUCUUUGACCAUCCAGCCUACCUGGAGGACUCUGCCUAGGAUGCAUGCCCUGAAAUCUCUUAGCUCUACCAUGGCUGCUUCUUUUUUCUACACAUUUUUGUGGUAUGGUUGUUUAUUUUUGUUUUUUUGGUGUUUUUUUUUUUUUUUUUCUCUUUGACAUUUAGUUUUGCUCUAGGCAGAAAUGUCCUGUGUGUUUACAGGCACUAAAUGUGCAGUCCCAGCAGCUUCCUUGUGCAGAGAUACAAUGCUACAUCAGUAGUAAGUCGAGCUGGCUGUCCCUUUCCUGUAGCCUUCAGAUCCUCCACCUCUGUCCCCCAGGCUUCUGACAGUCUGGAAAUAGUAAAGAAAAGGUUUGGCAAACUUUCUAGAAACAUCCAUAACUCAGAGAGGCUCUUUGUCUCAUGAGUCACUCCAAAACAAAUGCUCCUGUUGUGCCAGUGUGCCCGGGGACAGGACAAGACACAGUUCCUAUUUUUUAGCCUCAACAUGCUCAGUGUUCCUUCAUGUUCAGCAAAGCUCCAUGGGCUCAUCUGUAUCCUGGGUGAGGCUAUGGUGCUUGCAGAAGGAUGAGACAUGCUGGCUAAAUGGGAAACACAAGAACCAAGGUCCUGGUCUUAAGUGCCUCAGUGGGAUCCCGUAGACCGCAGCCACAGUCUGUGGCAAAGCUUUGGCUAAGAUAGGAGAUCUGAGAUGCCAUGGGCUUUGGAUAAGAGAUUUUGUUCAGCAAACUAAUUGGCCUAUCUAUCCUUGCUGUUGUAAGAUUGGCUGUACCAAAUGCUAUACAUACCACUGAGCCCCAGUGGUUGGACCGAACAGUCUUCCUGCGUUAGUUGAAUAGACCCUUCAGGAGCUCUAUGUGCCCACAUGAGAGCAGCCUUAUCCUUUAGCUGUUCAUUAAAAUAGAACCCUAUGUGGCCCUAUUCCUUGGAAAUGCCUUUUGGGUCAUUUAAGUUCCACUGGUUAGCAGGUACCCACUUAAUAAUAUGCGAAUAACAAAAGCGACUUUCUCUUCUAAGCUGCCCCAUGGAUCUGAACCAUGCCGUGGCUGAGGACCCCAUGAUAUUUGUAUCUGAUAAUAAGGGUGGUGUACCAGCUCACUAAGGAAUACAAUACUACUUUCAAGAUUUUAAAACUCAAAUCAAGUGACACAUUAAUAAGAAACAAAGGUCUGAUUGAGUGACUUUCUAACAGUCCUUGCCUUGUGGACACUCUCAAAUCUGACUUGGGUGCCUUACCUCUUCUCUAAUCUGUUGCUUGUGAGCCUGCACUUGCUUCCUCUAUGGGGUCCCUUAAAACCGGAGAGCCUGUAAAUGUGGCGGGUGUCAGCUGACCUGGCUGGAGGAUUCACUGUACAUCAAUUUGCAGUAUUCCCUCUGGAGGCUUCAUUUCGGGGACUUUCCUUAGGGCUGUUUUGAUGAAGUGCCCGUAGCUGAUGGAUGGUGGAAGUAAUUUGAACGUAUUGUGAUUCGUAGGUUUUGCUCUUUGUUUUAAGAUUAAACGCUGGUUGUAGCAUUUAAAGAGAAAGCUUUUCUUCAUGGUUUGCUAGUAUCCUGAGCGUCGUCUUUAGUUGAAAUAGGUUAGUAGAAAGUUAAGAAAGCAGUGGCAUGUUAUGCGGGUGGGGCAGGCCAGGGCCUCCUACCACUCUCAGUUUUUGUAACAGUCCCACUCUUGACAACAAAGAAUUCACUCCUUGGAUAAGGAUGUUAACGAGGGAAGUGCCCUCCCGACCUAAUCAGCUCUUAAUGGUCCCAGCUGCCAACACUGUUGCAUUGGAAAUUAAGUUUCCAACCCAUGAACUGUGGGACAAACUCAAAACCAUAGCACUGGACAUGUCACUUAACAAUAAUGUGACUCAGUAUUACUUCUGUGAAACUGGGAUAGUAAUCCUGGCCUACCUCAUUGGGUAGGUUUGAGCAUGACCAAAUGCUCUUUAUAAAACAUUUGGGGACCCUCAGCCGAGGAAUAUUUAAGUCCUGCACAUUUUUAUAGUAACUGUCCACCGUGGACUUGACACGUGCCUAUGCCCCAGAUGACAUUGACUUUUCAGAGACUGAACAGAUGCGACAGAUAAUGUAUAUUCACUGCUAUGAAAACAUGCAGGGCUCCAUUUCCUUCCUUGGGUGGGAUUUUUCCUUUAUUAUGUGCAACAGUAGUUAUUUGUAAUCUAAUAAUUUUCAUUAAUACCAACUCUGGAAGUAUUUCUACUCAUCUGAGGUUGUGUUUAUUCAUAAUAAAAUGAAAUGGAUCUGACUGCAA